AUGAGCCAGCGAUUGUACUUCCUUGGGCCAAGUGGCAGACCACAUGAGAGUCUGUCUGUCGGGCCGGAUUUGGCUCACAAUCUUCCUGAUCUGUGGCUCGAAACCCAUAUCAAGCAUGCGAUCUGCCUCGUCGAGGACGAGGUAAGUGACGCGUCUCAGGUUGGUGACCCCCGACUCAAGGAAAUCGAUGAGUCUUCCGGGGCACGCCAGCAAGAUUUCUACACCACGCCUGAGCUCGUACGACUGCUGCCUCUUUGGUACACCACCGUAUGCGACAGAGCUCUUGAUACGCGAACUUGCCCCGAACUGCGUGCACUGCUGUCGGAUCUGCUCCACCAAUUCCCUGGUGGGAGCAAGGACAAGUACGAUCGGCCCGUCGCCUGGCCUAAGUAG